AUGCUGCUAGUUACAUGGAUCAGUGGAUCUUGGAUAGAUGGAUGUCCCUACCAAGGAGGUGUAUGGAAGGUUAGAGUAGAACUCCCUGAUGCAUAUCCUUACAAGUCUCCGUCGAUUGGUUUGGUUAAUAAGAUAUAUCACCCGAAUGUCGAUGAACUGUCUGGUUCCGUCUACUUGGAUGUCAUUAACCAGACAUGGAGCCCAAUGUUUGAUCUUGUCAAUGUGUUUGAAGUCUUCCUUCCACAACUUUUGUUAUAUCCAAAUCCUUUUGAUCCAUUGAACGGAGAAGCUACUGCGCUCUUGAUGCGUGAUCGCCCUGCUUAUGAGAAGAAAGUGAAAGGUGAUUAUAUUAAUUUAACACACAUCUAA